CAUGCACGCUGAUGGCCGAAGUGGAGGGUUUGAGUCGAGAGAUAGUGCUAAUAUGGUUUCUGGUUGAUUCUAGGAAUUUCAAGGAAGAGAUGGCAACGGCAAAUUCCCCGCCACAUCUUUACGUGGACUCAAAAAAAGUUAACAAAAAAGUGGAUUAUAGCAAGUGGGAGCGGCACGAUAGGAAUGAAUCUGGGAAACAGAAGAACAGAGAAACUGGUCUUUGGACUGUGGCAGAUAUAAAUGCAGCGAUUAAGGAGGACCACCAAAAUACUGGGCUAGACCGAUGCCUCCUUUCGACAUCCACAACUGGUAGAAGGCCUCAAAAUGACAGUACAGCUGGAAAGUCUCAGCCAAACACUGAUGGGGGUGCUUUGUCAUCAAUGCCUAAUGGAUUCCCAAGGAAAACUAAUGCUGAACAGAAGACAGACCCUGCUGUCAUAAAGAAGAAGGAGGACAAUACCAAAACAUUGAUGCUGUUACUGAAAUCAAAGAGGAAAGCAGUGGAGGAACUUGUGGCACUCUGUGCUCUUGUGGAGGAGAGGAACCAGCUCAUUGCUCAGGAGAUCAGAGCCACAGAUAAGGUCUCCAUGCAGGGUGCAGAGGAGUUCCUUGAUCGACAUGAGAAACUAGGGACAUCUAUCUCUGCUUUCAACGAAUGGAGUCAAAGCCAAAUUGCAGAGGCCAAAAAUGAAUUGAAGGCAAUAGAGGAGGAGUUAAAUGAAAGCAUUUCUGCUCUUCAGAUGGAUCUGUCAGUGAUAAAUGCCAAACUGGCGUGUACCCAGGCAGAGCUGCAUAUUCUGAAGACUUACAAGGACAAAGAAUAUCCUGUAAAGGUCCUCAUGAUCACCAACCUAAAGAGAGAGAUUGAGAAGCUGGAAGAGACCCAGCAGGAUGAAUAUGAGGACUUGAAACAGUUGUGCCAGGAUGAGCUGGUGAAACAUAAAGAGCGAAACCAUCAAAGACGGCGGAAGGUUCUGGUUGCCACUGUCAAGGAAAAUGUCUCCUGUGUUCCACUUGCGAUCAGAAGGAUGGCCACAAACAAUGGCACCAUGAAGGAAGAGAUUGAGAUCUACAGAAAGGAGAUCGAGAAACUGGAGGAGAGCAACGAGGAACUUAUUCGCAGUGUCCAAGAACUGCAGCUGUCCAGGAAGAGUGUGAGAGAAGAGAUCUUUGAAGAUGUGUUCACAAAGCUUGACAAGUGUACUCCAGAUAUGGACGUUGUUUUGAACAUCCCCAAAGAAGAGUGGCUGCCCAUUUAGUUCAGACGUGCAGAACAUUUGAAGAACAUUUAAAAAACUAUGUGCUCAAGCUUCAGCAGCUACUCUAGGCUUUCAUUGACCAUGCAAAUGGUUUUACCCCUCUUCUUCCCCUAAGCUCAUCGUGUUCCUAUUAGGAAAUUUGAAUAGUUGUCAGCCAGUGAAUACCUUCAAAAUCAUUAAAGCGACUGACAUGGCAAAACUAUUAUGACUGAGUACAGUACAUGACAAAUUGAGACAAAAUUACAUUAAAUCACCAUUUUAUGAUGUAGACUGGUAUUCACAAUACAUUCAAGACAAGCCUCAUGUCAGAGGAUUAAAGCACAACAGAUUUUUGUAGACUGA